GACAGAUUGCACAAGGAAGGCGACGGCCGCACCCACGUUGGCGAGUUAGGUUCACAAACACAAAUCUCCUCUUCACAAACCGACCCACAAAUAGUAAACAUUUUGUCGUCGCUAAACUUAAAUGUUUUUGUUGGGAUUCCGUUUAGUUACCCAGGUCAUUUUAUGCUACAUCCAUUUAAUCUGACGCAAGCAUUUCUCGUGACGCUCGGCUGAUUGACAAGUGUUUACAAAGUCAGGAUUGUCAACAGAGGAUGGCUUCUCGGGGGAAAUCAGAAACCGGCAAGCUGAGACAGAAUAUGGAGGAACAGCUUGACAGACUGAUGCAGCAGCUUCAGGACCUGGAGGAAUGCAGGGAAGAACUCGAUAAGGAAGAGUACGAUGAAACGAAGAAGGAAACUUUGGAACAGCUGGGCGAAUUUAAUGACUCCCUGAAGAAGAUCAUGUCUGGAGACAUGACAUUGGUGGAUGAACUCAGUGGAAUGCAGCUGGCUAUCCAGGCAGCCAUCAGCCAGGCAUUUAAGACCCCAGAGGUGAUCCGACUCUUUGCUAAGAAGCAGCCGGGACAGCUGAGAACCAGAUUAGCAGAGAUGGACCGAGAUGUGAUGGUGGGGAAGCUGUCCCGAGACGUGCACACGCAGCAGAAAAUGGAAAUCCUCAUGGCCCUGAAGAAGCUUGGAGAGAAGCUCACUCCAGAGGAGGAGAGUUUUCUUACUGAAAAUGCCACAGCUACACUGAGCCAGUUUGAAAAAGUGACUGCAAACUUAGGAUCUGAAGACAAAAUUCUGGCCUUAGCAAGCUCCGGCGUAAAAACCAAAGUCUAACUCGUCUAGAGGAUGUUCAUUUGAAGUCACCGUCUCUCUUCGUAAAAAUAGAGAAAUGUGCCUGUUGAUCACAUACUUUGUAAAUAACCAGUGCACUUUUAGGUGUUCCCGUAGUUGUAAAGCUUUUUAACAGUAUUGUUUUAUAUGUCAACUUUUGUAUGCCUCUUUUAAUUGCCAAAUUGUAAGUGCAGUAGGUACGAACACAUGAUCAGAAUAAUGUGAAAAAGAGAGACGGGAGUAUUGUGAUUUGUUCUGUAUGGGACUUCUAUCUGCCCUAAAACCUGAAAAAUGAACGGUGCUGUUUUUAAGUGCUGUGUGAGAGAUGAUUGCUUUUUGUAGUUUUACACGAAACUGCCCUAACUUGAGGGGAGUAAGCAAAAUAAGAGAACCACAACGUGACCCUUUUGCUUUUGGUACAUCAGUUUACAGUCUUGUGUGAAAAGAGCUGGUGGUGUUUGUAGUUCACAGUCUGCAUUGCUCUGACUUCAGCCCAUCAAAUCCUGCAACUCGCAGAGAAUCAAACCUGUAUGGAAAAUUCAAAGCAAACGCACACCAUGCAUUGUGUGUGAAUGAGUAUGAUAUUGUGUUUGAGAGCAAGUUUUAACUAUGGCUCAUACUCACAUGCCCCAUAUGUUAAUUUAUUGUGGGUUAAAAGUCAUCACUCUGAAUAAUAACUUUGUGAAGUGCUAUUGUUAUUUAAGUUUUAGCCAAAUAUAGCUAAACAUAAUAUAUAAAAAAAUACUUGUUUCUGUGGUUAUUUCCAGCUCACACAGGAAGCACCUAGGGGGUGAUGAACAUGAAAGUGAAGUUGAACAUCUCCCAC